ACCGGAAGUCGGCAGCAGGUGCCACCGGAAGUGUGCGCGGUUCAGCCUUUGCCUGCAGAAAGGGAGGGAGCUAGUGGCGUGUAAUUGCAACAAGCCUCUCAGCAAUUAAAUCCAAAAUAAGCACAUCAUAUAAUACUAAAAAGGUUCCCCUGCUCUUCAGAUUGUCAAAUGUCUAGCGCGGAAAUGAGUGCUGCAGUACCCAACCACCGAAGGACCAAACCCGGCGGUAUAAAAACCGUGCCUGUGAGCAGCAGCGGCGCCACCGGACCGAACUCCCAGAUCCCGGGUCUGUCCCAGACUGCCGACGAAACCUCUCCGGUGGAGAGGACCAGUGGGAGGCGGGUCGGCAUCUUUGCGUCGGACUCUGAGUAUGUCAAGCUCGCGAAGGGAGGGGGACACAAAGGGCUGUUGAGCCAUGAUGACGAUGAAGCCGAUGACCUCCCCGUGACGGCCUACAACCCACCCAACUGGUUUGGAGAUGAGUCAAAGGGCGGGAACAAAACCGCAUCUCCCGGCGGCGUGAGGAUGGCGAGCCGGCAGCCAAUGGCUGCGCCCUUUGGGACUGAUAACAGUUCGUCCUGGGAAAGCGGUGAUAUAAUUUCCCCCGAUAAAGAGAAGAUGUCUCCUGACGGAGUUGCCGACGAGAUGGAAGGUCUGUCCAUGACCAACAAGUACAAGAGAACGUGUUACGAGAAGAAGGCUCCUCCGGUCAGCAUGACCCGGCUGCUGAGUCACGGCUACAUGGCGGACAAGAAGAAGUCUGCCGAGAACGACGACGACGACGCUUCAAGUGUGACCUCAGAACAGACGAGCACCACGGUGACGGAGGACGCGGGGGAGCUGGAGUAGUGCGUCCAGGUGGUGAAGGAAGAGGGGGUUCGUUGUAACACUGGUUCAUGGUUCCUACAGAUCUGAGAACAUACUACUACACCCCUGCCCCCCCCCACCCCCCCUCUCGGAUUCACUCGCAUUUGUUGUACAUCCUGACUGUUAGGUUUGGUACUCAUGUUUAUGCAAAGGUACUGUGUCUAAUAAUCUAUUUAUUUGCUCUCAUUUGUAAAAAAGACUUCAGGCUGUUUUUGUGGAGUAGAUGUGUUGGUGCUCGCGGUGUGAUUUUCUUUUUUUUUUUAAACAUUUUAUUUCUGUGUUGACGUUUUCUCGAUUUGACAGACGAGUUGCGCUGUGGGGGGGGAGGGAACUAACCGCCCGCCUGAUCGCCAUCGCUUCGGCCGGCCGGCUCUAAAGCUUCGACCCGGCGUUAGUCCCCCCCCCCCUGGUUGUAUGACGAUCGAGUCGGUGAAUUUAAAGUGUUUGUGCUGAUGAAAUGUGGUUCCAGUGACGUGAGGUAUCAUUAGUUUGGACCAAGGGGCCCCCGCUCUCUGAAGGGACGCUGCAGGUUCCCGUGUGUGUGUGUGUUUUCGGCUGCAGAGGUGGAAAUUUUUGUUGGUUGAGACAGCUGCUGCCAGAUGUCAGAGUUCAUCCUGACCGUUAGUUUGGCUACGAGGAGAAAGGCCUUCUCAACACCCCACCCCCCCACCACAUUAAAUCUGUUUUUGACAUCAUUAUCCGGCUGCUAUUCGUCCAUCUCCCAGAAUAAAAAUGCCUCGUAUAAGAAAAUAACUGGAUUUAAGGUAGUUCCAAGGGUUUGGAUACUAUCAGGUGCUGCAACAUUCAUUUUAUUAUGAUUAUUAACUCUGCCGAGUGUUUAGGAAGUUGCUAAUAACUAUAUUAGGUCUGUCCUGUACGUUCCGCCUCGUAAAGCCAAACGUCAUGCAGCAGCAGCAGCAGAGUUCUGGGAGGCUUCGGGGCCUCGUGGAGCAGACGAGCUGAAAGUCGUGACGCCCAGCGAGCGAGUUCUCAAUAUGCCAACCGAGCGGUUUGUCGUUGUUUGUUGGUGCGCUGCCUGAUCGCAACAAACCCUGCAUCUCAUCAACGGUUACCGCGGCAACGUUUUAGCAUUCGAAGACUUCUAACCAGGAAGUCGACAGAUCAAAACACAUUUAGGAUGGAAGACAUCUGCCAUGCUGAUUGUUUUAAAAAUAUUUACCGGUCACUCCGUAGGAUGGUCUAAAUGUACUUUUUAUUUGCAGCAAACUAUUUCCGUAACGCUGCUCAGCUCGUGAUGGGCUAAUGUUGUUUUUUUUGCAAAAACCUUAUAAAGCAUAAUUGGUCUCUUAAUGCUUUUUCUGCCGCGUAUCCAGGUUGCGUUUAUUUUAUUGAUUACACACUACUGGGAAGACGUGCUGAGAGAUUUCAUGUCCCUGCUGCUUUCCGCCCAACUGGUUUCAAACCGGUUCACGUGACACUAACAAGGUCUUGACCCCUUAAAUCUGACUUGCUGAACUGUCAGCCAACUUUUCAAUCACUUUUACACCCUUUUAGUUUGACUGUUUUUGCCUUAAAGUCUCUUGCUGAGUGAGAUAAAGGUCCAUGUGGGGAGGAGAAGCUGGUCAGUGCCUCCGACUGACAGGAUAGCUUUUGAUUUGAUAGACAGUCCCGCUCUGUCGCUUGACAGUCAGUGAAAUCCAAAUCCUGCAGGGAACAUUGUCCUGCAAAGGAAAAGGAUGGGAAUAAUUUAUUUGGCCGCUCACGGCGAGGUUUAAGCUCCGGGUUUGUCCUCCGUAAAUCCAGCACGUACAUCACUCUGAAAUGAUGCAGCAGUAGCAGACUGUCAUUUUGAAAAGAACUCGCUGAUAAAACUCUCACAAGAAAUGUGUGUAAUGCUCAACGCUGCCGUCACAGCAGUGAUGCAUUAUUUAUCUGUAUGUGGUAUUAAAGUAGACGCACUGGACCUUGUUUUGCAGUAGACGGAGUGGCCGUCGUGUCGUUGGUAUGGUUUUACGCUGAUGAACAGGUUUAUUUUGUAUGGUUAGGUAUUAAGGUACAGUUUUAGUUCAUGUGUUUCCUCUUCUUCCCGUGUGAGUUGGUGGCAUAACUGUUUACAAACCAUAGCAGGAAUCUUCACCGGGUGAACGGCAACGUCCUCCCUGAUGUCUAGUUGCUUGUACCCCCCCCCCCCCUCCCAUUGCUUAUUUUUUAUCUGCAAGUGGUUCAUUUUCAUGUGCAAAUGUACCAAAAGUGACUGACGCUUUUAAACAAAAUAUCACCAAGUGUUUGGAGAGGAAUCCAGCUGACACGCCUCAAUGUAAGACCCCGCUUUUCCCCGAUGACUGCACACAGACUCCACCAUCAUCUCAAUAAAUGGGCAUGUGCAUGGA